AGACACUUUUCCCCACACGCGCGCACAAACGAUCCAUCGGCGGCGGCGCAACCCAAGUCCAAGAUGGCCCGCACCUCCUCGCAGUCGCAGUCCUCCGUCGGCGGCGGCGCUGGCGCCUCCCGCCCGGCCACCGUCGGGCCCCGCGGCACGGCCGCCGCGACGGCCGGCAUGCGCCGCCGCCCAGGCCGCACCUCCUCCUCGGCCGGCGCGGGCGGCGGCUUCUCCGGCGGAGGGAGCAACAUGCUGCGCUUCUACACCGACGAGGCCCCGGGGCUGCGCCUCUCCCCCACCAUGGUGCUCGUCAUGUCCGUCUGCUUCAUCGGCUUCGUCACCGCGCUCCACGUCUUCGGCAAGCUCUACCGCUCCCGCACCGCCGCCUCCUCCGCCUGAUCCCCCUGCCCCGUCCGCUCGCGCCCUUCCUGCUUCCUCCUCCUCCUCCUCCUCCUCAAUUCAGAUCAGAUCAGAUCAGGUGGUUUUGGUGUGUAACAAGGAUGUUUAGUUUUUGUUGUUGCUGAUCCUUUCUGAGUUAGAUCUGCCAAAUAUGGUGUUUCCUGUGUAACAGAUCCAAGAGGCUAGGCUUGAUUCCUCUUUACUCCCUCAGAUAGAUCUGCCAAGCAGCAGCUUAUACUAGUUUAAAUUAUGGUGCCCUUUCUGUUUCAGUUUACCUUGUUGGGGUCAUGAAUUCUGGCUAAUCACCUGUGAAUUUGCAAUCACCGUAUUUGAUGUAUGUGCCAUGUUGAGAUUGGGGAUACAGUUUUGCA